AUGGAGCUUCCGAUAUUCGAAGGUAAAAGUCCUGACGAUUGGUUGUUUAGGUUGGAGAAAUGUUACGCUAGUAGAGGAAUCCCUGAUUACGUAAAGAUAGACCUAGCUAUUUCUUGUCUUACCGGCUCCUCGGUCACAUGGUGGCGUAUGGCGUAUGGUAGACAGAGGAUAGGUAGUUGGAAGGACUUUAUGGAGAAAUUUAUAGUUCGUUUCAAACCUAGCAGAGGGUUGUCAGCUUUAGAUCAACUGAUGAGCAUUCACCAGAAGGGCAGUGUUGAUGAGUACCGUGAGCAGUUUCAAGAGUUGGCUGUAGAGUUGCCUCACUUCUCGAAUGAUGUCUUGGAGUCCGCAUUUCUUCGUGGUCUGAGAAAGUGUAUCAGGGAUCAGGUGGUUCGUUGUAGACCAUUCGACUUAGCUGAGAUAGUUGAUACAGCAAAGAUGAUUGAACACCAAGAGGCUGAGAAUACUAGUCUGCAGUCAAGACCGUCUGUGAGAUCUUAUUACUCACCUACACAUGGUCAAGCCACGAGCACUUCUCGGCCAGUGGAUCAGUGGUUUCCGGGUCAUCGUUGCAAGCCCCAGCAGAAGUUAAAAUGUUUGGAAGUGGCUGAAGAGGAUGAGCAGUAUUGUGAUGCAGUUGAAGUUCAGCAAGGUCCAGAAGGACUGGAAGCUGAUAUAGAGGAGAUACAAGAAUAUGAGGAUGUCGUAGUAUUGGUGGAUUCUGGAGCCACCCGGAGUUUCGUAGAUUAUGAUCUGGUGAAGAACUUGGGUCUAUCCAUUUCUACCACACGUGCAUUUGGUGUUCGAGUUGGUGGAGGACGGAUACUAAAAGGAAAGGGGAGAGUCUCUGGUACCCUGUUGGGAAUUCAAGGUGUGGAGAUAAUGGAAGAGCUUUUGGUGAUUGAGCUAGGCAGCACCGAUCUGGUUUUGGGAUAUUCCUGGUUGGCAACUUUAGGAGAUACCCGAAUAAAUUGGCUAAAUAGGACCCUGAGUUGGAAGAUUGGUGUCAAAUGGGUAACUAUUGUGGGAGACCCCUCCUUAAGCAAGGAACCGAUCUCUCUGCAUUCCAUGGAAAGAGUUAUUCAGCAUAAAGGGAAAGCUUAUUUGUUGGAGGUGACCACCUUGUUGGAAGGACGAGAACCACAAGAUAAGAAAAUUCCUGAAGUUGCAGUAGUUCAGGAACUAGUGUCAAGGUUUCAGUCGGUCUUUGAGAUGCCCCAAGCUCUUCCUCCUCCUCGAAAAAGAGAACACGCUAUUGAUCUCCACGCGGGUACUACUCCGAUCAACUUAAGGCCUUACCGUUAUUCAUUUGUCCAGAAGAAUGAGAUUGAAAAUUUGGUACAGGAGAUGUUGGAUGCUCAAGUGAUCAGACCCAAUGUUAGUCCCUACUCAAGUCCGGUGUUACUAGUAAAGAAGAAGGAUGGUGGCUGGCGUUUCUGUGUGGAUUACCGAGCACUUAACAAGGCUACCAUUCGAGACAGAUAUCCCAUUCCGGUCAUCGAGGAGUUGCUAGAUGAAUUACAAGGAGCAACAGUCUUUUCUAAACUGGACCUAAAGUCGGGUUAUCAUCAAAUACGGAUGAGAGGUAGUGAUGUGGAGAAGACAGCAUUCAAAACGCAUCAAGGUCAUUACGAGUUCCUUGUAAUGCCUUUUGGUCUCACCAAUGCUCCCUCAACUUUCCAGAGCAUCAUGAAUGACCUGUUCAGGCCUUAUCUAAGACGGUUUGUAUUGGGUUUUUUUUAUGACAUUCUGGUUUAUAGUCCAAAUCUCCAAGAGCACUUGCAACACUUGCACCUGGUACUCAAUCUGAUGCAGCAGAACCGUUUCUACGCCAAUGCUAAGUAA